AAUCAUUUGUUAAUUAAUACGUAACUAACGUAGUCUUCUUUGAAGCAAUUGAAUUUUGCGACGAAUAAAUUAAUUGGUUGAAGAAGUUAUCUAUAAAUAUAGUCUAUAGAGGGUGGAAAACUUGACACACAAACUUGUGACAGCUAAAAAAUGGUUUCGAAAAGAAAUGUAUUUAUGGCUGCAGUUUUGGUGCUUCUGAUUUCGUCGGAAGCUGCAGACGCCAGAGAACUCACUGAGACGCCCAGUAGAGUGCCAUCUAAGGAAGGUGAGAAGAAAAAUGAGGUUAUGAUGGAACCGCUCUACAAGUGCAAGUCCGGGUGCUGUGGAGCACUUAGUUCACCUAGAAGGCGUAAAGGUUAUUGCCGUUGCUGCCCUUAAACUGCUCAAAAAACUUGAAUUUUCACUCAUUUAAUUCGUACCUACAAAUGAUGUUUUCAGGAAUAAAUCACGAAUUCUCAUUUUCUAAUAUCACUCAGAUCGUGUGAAAUUAAUUGAGUAAUUCUCAUUUCAUUCGAAUCUCGCUGCCAUGGUUUUGGGAAAAAUUCUGUAUUCAAAUCCUCCACUUUUGCCAUUCAAUUUUGAUAAUGUCACCAACCAAAUGUGAAAUGACACACGUUGAUCGAUUUCGGAUCUACGCGUGAGCCAGAUGAUGUUAUCCUCUAUUUCAGGAAAUGGUGAGAAUGCAGCAGCACACUUCUUUUUUUUUUUUUUUUUCAAUAAAUGUGAGUAUUGUAGUGAAGAUGAAACAAUACUAUGUUGCCCUUCAUUUGUUCGACAAAAUACUUCCAAGUUGGAUCACUAUACCUUUGAGUAUUGCGAUUAAUUGUUGUUGCGGACUGAAAAUACUUGAUUUUGGGUUUGCGAUUUUAGGCACGAGCCUACUGUGCUAACCUUCACCACUCUCACCAAAGGGCUCAUGUUGGUUGAAAAGAUCCUAGACGCGGCAAAACUGUUUUAUAAGAUGCCUAUUGUGCGAAGCUAAUGUUGUGAACAUCCACAAUAGUGAGCCCCUUGAAGGGGCUUUUAGGUGGUGCAUCACUUAAGAGUCACUUCUCUGCAAUAAGGCUCUCUACAUCCGGGGUCUUAAAUUUUAAUUUAUAUUAAUACUAAAUUUAAAACAUAAAUUUCAUUAAAAUUAAAAUUAAACAUUAUAUUAAUUAAAAAAAUACAUUAGAGCACCUGCAACGCAGCUACUCGAGGGCCUCCUCGAGUAGUGCGUUGCACUCGGGUAGACCGUUGCGGCGAGGAGGUACUCGAGGCAUACUCGAGUCUUCAAGUAUGCUCGAAGGGGGGGGGGGGGGAGAGGAUGGCGCGUGCAAUGCACGCGCCCUAAUAAAAAAAAGGAAAAUUUUGAUAAAUUCGAAUUUUAUUCUAAUUUUGACUGCAUCUCCUCGAUUUGCGCACUUUUGACCGACCGUUUUCAAUUUUUUUUUCUUCUUCUCCUCUUUAAAAAACCUCAACUUCUCCCCACCAUCUUCACACCUCUUCUUCUCCUCUAAUUUUCAUCUCCUCCAUUUCUCUUCAAGAAUUUUCUCCGUCAUGGAUCCACACAACCCUUUCUACGAUCCAAAUUGGUGCCUCGAUCUCUCCUCCGAUUAUCAUCCCGAUAUGGGAGGAAUCAACUUGGAGGAGAGCCCGCCCGAGGAGGAACCGGUCAGUGCACAGCAGAGUGUCUCCCCACCAAAGAAAGGCGGCCGGAGGAAGGAAAUGGCCACCAAAAUCAAGCACGACAAGGAAGCUAGGUACCGUCAUACUUACCUUCCCGAGCAUACGGAUCUCAUCGUCCAAAUUUGGGCGGAGGAGACCAACGACGCCAUCCGUGGGACGGAUCAAAAGGGAGAGGCGUAUUGGGGCCGGAUCCGCGCACGUGUGAACCCCAUCCUCGGCGUCGACCUUAAGAUCAAGCAACUUCAAGGCCACUGGUCCCGGGUGAGCGCGGAUGUGCGUCUCUGGGAAGCUGUUUGGGUGGAGACGCGCAACAAUUGGCCCUCCGGUCAUUCGGAUGAUAUGCUUCGUGACAAGGCCCAAAUCCUCUUCAGGGCUCGAAGCCCACACAUGGCCUCCUUCAAUUUCUGGAACGCGUGGAAAAUUCUCCGGAACAAUCCCAAGUUCAAGUCGAUGUACCUCAUUGGAGACGUGCAUGCCUCCAAGAGGACAAAGACCACGGAAGAGGGCGGCUUCACCACCUCGGCGUCGGGCGAGGAGAUCUCUUCUGCCCGGCCCAUUGGCAACAAGGAGGCGAAGGCGGCGGCGAAGGGGAAAGGGAAGGCAUCAGUGUCGCAUACGAGCUCGGAUCCUCCACCGACAAUAGUGGAGAGGUUGGACAGGACCGACGAGCAGAUGAGGGCAUUCACCGCCCAGUACCAGCGGAGGAACGAUAUCAGGGAGAGGGAGCUCGAUAUGCAGCUCCUGAACACGGAUACGACGCACAUGACGGAUGCACAACGUGCAUUGCACGCGUCCAUGGUCGCCGACAUGCUCAGGCGUCGUGGUCUAUCCUAGGCUUUUAAUUAUGUAAUUUUAAUGAUGUUUUAGUUGUUUUUAAUUUUUAUGUAAUUUUAUUUUAUGUUUUAGGUGUUUUUAAAUUUUUAUGUAAUUUUUUUUUAUGUUUUAGGUAAUUUUAAAUUUUAUGUUUAAUGGCGUAUUUAACUAUUACAAAAAUAUGUUAUUUAAAUUAUGCAAUAAAAUUUAAA